UUGUGUGUAGCACUUGUCUCGCCAAGCUGAUUAUACGAGUACCAGGAAGCAGCUAUUGUCUCCUAUCCACUGCGUAAUCUAUGGCAAAAUUCGUUAAAUAAACAUACACAGAUCGGCCAAGAGUCUCCAGGCACUACAGCUGUGCGACACGACGCAAGGAGGAAAGAGUGCACGAGAAAAACACACGAGGAAAAAAUUUCAAGAAUACAGACUUUACUUCCUCCUCUGUCCACGCUGUGUAUAAUACUUGUGUGUCGUGAAACGGCCACCCCCUACAUCAGUGACGUCCUUGUAUCCUUACACAGUCAGAUAUGCGAGUCAGCUAAGGAUUGUAAACUAGCUUUCUUAUGUUACUAUUAUACACUUGCUCUAUUCCGCCACGCAUACGCAAACCACUCGCUCGUCACCUCGUAUCCAAGGAAAUGUAGGAAAUGUAGAGUAUCUUCCUUAGUCGUCAUCAUUCAACCAAUUUUCCUCGGUCUUCCUCAUACGUAAAUAGAUAGAAACGUGUACCAGAACCCCAGGAGGGCGAGGCUGAAGAGCAGACCCCUGAGUAUUCGCUCUCUUAACAAUGGUGCUGUACCAGAGCAACGUGGUGCUGAACGUAUUGCUGCUAGUGCUUUCAGGAAUCAUCCUCGUCAGCUACAUCAACAACUAUGGCCUGAGCCUUCUUCCCUGGGCGUCACAUGCUUGUGGACAAGAGUGUCUGGAAAGUUACAUGAGUGGGCCGCCACUUCCGUACGACACAGACAUCUUAGAAGUGAUCCGACAAAAAUACCUCGUCCCUCCGCCCCGCCGCCCAGUGACCGGUGCCUUCGACAUCAACGAGCCGGUAUGGGCGAGGCUGGUGGACUGGAACUUGAUGCAACAGAAGUUGCUGCAGAUAUGGGAGGGAGAGAGCCCCGGGGUGUUCGUGGAGGUCGGGGCGGCCGACGGGGAGUUCAUGAGCCAGACGCUAAUGCUGGAGAGGAACCUGAGCUGGACCGGGCUGUUGGUGGAGCCAGACCCGCGAUCCUAUGCCAUCCUGCAGCAGAACCGCCGCAACGCCUGGACCUCCCCGCUCUGUAUCCACCGCAGCCAGCCCAGCUCCCGGAGGUUUUGGCUGCGGUACUUGGAGAAGGAUCUGCCGGAGCACUUCCAGCAGCUGAUGAGGGCGCGGAGCAAAUUGAACGAUGAAAUCUUGACAGGGGACGAGGAGCGGGGAAGCACGAUCACGGUGCCAUGUGUGCCGCUGUCCACGUUGCUCCUAGCCGCCCGCAUUACCACCAUCGACCUCCUCACUGUGGCCACCGGUAACGAAAAGGAUAGCAUGCGAGUCGUCGAUGUCAUCAGAAGCAAAAAGUUCAAUGUCAAGACUAUGCUUGUGCACUUCCCCAUGGGAGUAUUGCUUGGCAAUCCAUACCCUAAGAUCAAGGGCUACAUUAUGGACAUGGAGCACUCCACUCUCCUUGUCAAGCUUUAUAUCAACAAGGCGCACUGUAAACUCCUCUCAAAGACUGACUGUAAAAAGGUCAACCACUAUGACACGGUGGACGCAUGCUACAAAUACCUGUGUAUGAACUUCCACACAGUAUGGACACUGCCGUCAACACCAAUGAAGUCAGAGAAUUUUUAAAGCAAAACUCGAAUAAUCGUUUUUCUUGUUCUAAUUGCAU